AUGGAGACCCUGCUUGGUGGCCUGUUGGCGUUUGGCAUGGCGUUUGCUGUGGUCGACGCCUGCCCCAAGUACUGUGUCUGCCAGAACCUGUCUGAGUCACUGGGGACCCUGUGCCCCUCCAAGGGGCUGCUCUUCGUGCCCCCCGACAUUGACCGGCGGACCGUGGAGCUGCGUCUGGGUGGCAACUUCAUCAUCCACAUCGGCCGCCAGGACUUCGCCAACAUGACGGGGCUGGUGGACCUGACCCUGUCCAGGAACACCAUCAGCCACAUCCAGCCCUUCUCCUUUCUGGACCUCGAGAGCCUUCGCUCUCUGCACCUCGACAGCAACCGGCUGCCCAGCCUCGGGGAGGACACCCUGCGGGGCCUGGUCAACCUGCAGCACCUCAUCGUGAACAACAACCAGCUGGGUGGCAUCGCCGACGAGGCCUUCGAGGACUUCCUGCUGACACUAGAGGACCUGGACCUCUCCUACAACAAUCUCCAUGGCCUGCCCUGGGGCUCCGUACGGCGCAUGGUCAACCUGCACCAGCUGAGCCUGGACCACAACCUGCUGGACCACAUUGCCGAGGGCACCUUCGCUGACCUGCAGAAACUGGCCCGGCUGGACCUCACCUCCAACCGGCUGCAAAAGCUGCCCCCAGACCCCAUCUUUGCCCGCUCCCAGGCCUCUGCUCUGACGGCCACACCCUUCGCUCCACCCCUGUCCUUUAGUUUUGGGGGAAACCCGCUGCAUUGUAACUGCGAGCUUCUCUGGCUGCGGAGGCUCGAGCGGGACGAUGACCUGGAGACUUGUGGCUCCCCGGGGGGCCUCAAGGGCCGAUACUUCUGGCAUGUGCGUGAGGAGGAGUUUGUGUGCGAACCACCUCUCAUCACCCAGCACACGCACAAGCUGCUGGUCCUGGAGGGCCAGGCAGCCACACUCAAGUGCAAGGCCAUUGGGGACCCCAGCCCCCUCAUCCACUGGGUGGCCCCCGAUGACCGGCUGGUGGGGAACUCCUCCAGGACUGCUGUGUAUGACAACGGCACCCUGGACAUCCUCAUCACCACGUCUCAGGACAGCGGUGCCUUCACCUGCAUCGCCGCCAAUGCCGCCGGGGAGGCCACGGCCACAGUGGAGGUCUCCAUCGUCCAGCUGCCACACCUCAGCAACAGCACCAGCCGCACAGCGCCCCCCAAGUCCCGCCUCUCCGACAUCACUGGCUCCAGCAAGACCAGCCGGGGAGGUGGAGGCAGUGGGGGUGGAGAGCCUCCCAAAAGCCCCCCAGAACGGGCUGUGCUGGUGUCUGAUGUGACCACCACCUCGGCCCUGGUCAAGUGGUCAGUCAGCAAGUCCGCUCCCCGGGUGAAGAUGUACCAGCUGCAGUACAACUGCUCUGACGAUGAGGUACUGAUUUACAGGAUGAUCCCAGCCUCCAACAAGGCCUUUGUGGUCAACAACCUGGUGUCAGGGACUGGCUACGACCUGUGCGUGCUGGCCAUGUGGGACGACACAGCAACCACACUCACGGCCACCAACAUCGUGGGCUGCGCCCAGUUCUUCACCAAGGCCGACUACCCGCAGUGCCAGUCGAUGCACAGCCAGGUCCUGGGCGGCACCAUGAUCCUGGUCAUCGGCGGCAUCAUCGUGGCCACGCUGCUGGUCUUCAUCGUCAUCCUCAUGGUGCGCUACAAGGUCUGCAACCAGGAGGGCUCCGGGAAGCCGGCAGCCGCCGUCAGCAACGUGCAUUCGCAGACCAAUGGGGCCCAGCCGCCUGCUCUGGGGAGCGCGCCCAGCGGGGCCGCCGCGCCCGGGCCUCCCAAGGUGGUGGUGCGCAACGAGCUCAUGGACUUCAGCGCCAGCCUGGCCCGAGGCAGCGACUCCUCUUCCUCCAGCUCCCUGGGCAUCGGGGAGGCUGCCGCGGGGCUGGGACGGGGCCCCUGGAGGCUCCCACCCCCUGCCCCCCGCCCCAAGCCCAACCUUGACCGCCUGAUGGGGGCCUUCGCCUCCUUGGACCUCAAAAGUCAGAGAAAGGAGGAGCUGCUGGACUCCAGGACUCCAGGCGGGAGAGGGUCUGGGACAUCGGCCAGGGGCCACCCCUCGGACCGAGAGCCACUGCUGGGGCCGCCCGCGGCCCGGGCCAGGAGCCUGCUCCCCUUGCCCCUGGAGGGCAAGGCCAAACGCAGCCACUCCUUUGACAUGGGGGACUUUGCGGCCACAGCCGCAGGAGGGGUUGCCCCUGGUGGCUACAGCCCCCCUCAGAGGGUCUCGAACAUCUGGACAAAGCGCAGCCUCUCUGUCAAUGGCAUGCUCUUGCCCUUUGAGGAGAGUGACCUGGUCGGGGCCCGGGGAACUUUUGGCAGCUCCGAGUGGGUGAUGGAGAGCACGGUGUAG